UCCGACUGUGUACAUGUAGACCCAAAAGAUUUUCAACAUAGAUUUUCAUUUUUAAGGUAGAUGUUUAAUUCUUUCUGUGAGUUAGAAACCAGCGGCUCAAAGGUGAGAAACGACCUCGCUUAUUCAGACAAAACUAUGUUUUUGAUAGUUACGGUGAACACGGUUUUAGUCAGUCAGCAGUGUUCAUUUGCCAGUUACAAGCUCUGGCUACGGUUGCUAGCUAACAGUUAGCUUAGCUAAUUUAUGCCGGAUGACCAUCCAUUGCGGAUGUGGUGCAGAAUAAAGGAGCACUGAUGCGACAGGUUAAAUACAGGCCAUGGUUUAAUUCACCUUUUUGGAUGUGUUACUCUAGCUGUGUUGUAUUGUUGAUUUGUUUUUGAUUUGUUUUAAUCUAUAUUCGGUUUUAUCAGCUCAGAUUUUACCCCUUGUUUUCAGAUCCGACUUCCAUGAGAUGAGCUCGAUUGCUCAGUAUUGGCGUUGCCUCACACCCUUUUUAUGUCGAUUACAUCUAUAUAUAGAUUUUUAAAUAUAACUUUUUUUUUUUCUUUUUUUUUUACAUUUAAAGGUGGAUGUUAAUUUUUGUGAGUUCUGAGACAGAGUCACACAGUGCACUUUAGUCCAGUAUUUUUAUUUUAUUUAUUUAUUUUUAUUUUUAUUAUUAUUAUUAUUAUUAUUAUUAUUAUUAUUAUUAUUUUGCAGCGUAUAUGUAUCCCCAAUUGGUCCAAAGCCAGUUAUGUUGAAAGACAGUCUGUGUCCUCUAUGUCUGGCACUAGUUUUCCCUUCAGCUGCACUUUCAUAGUUUUGUUCUUCCAUCACCUAAGGUAUUGCUUUGGAGCUGGUAUAUGACUUUAAUUAAGGCAAUUCAUGCAAUGUGCACACUCGGUGAACUCUAGUCAUGGCUGAGUGUGAUGGCACUUUUGUGAAUGGCGCUGCAUUGGCUGUGACCCAUGAGUGAAUAUUAUGAGGAGGGCGGGUUGCUGUAUGAGCGCUCGCCUCCCAUGCACAUUAAAGUGGAGUCUCCUGAAGGCGCCUUCGGAGGUCGUAUCUCGGAGGACGGCUUCCCCCGUGAAGAUGACGACUCCGAAGGCAGCUGCGAUCAUGCUGGCCUGCCUUUCAACGUUGUGGUCGUGCAUCCCAACAUUGUUGCUCCUGGAGUGGCUUCUGAUGAACUGAUACCCAUUCAACAGAACAGAGGUGUUUCAGCAGCGCUGGCUUCAGGGGGUGCAGGUAAAAGGAAGAGUAGGUUUAGCGGUGCUGAAUUGGAGGUGCUGGUCUCAGAAGUAACCCGGUGCGAAGGGGAGUUGUUCGGCCCGGCCGGCAGACUCAGGCGGCGUGAGAGAGAGCGAAUAUGGGCUGGAAUCUUGGAGCGUGUGAAUGCUGUAUCCAGAGUCCCACGCACCCUUCGGGAAGUAAAGAAACGUUGGGACGACCUGAAGAGACGCAACGGUGGAAAGCUGGCAGAUGCAAGGUUCCGCUCCUGGCUUCCAUCCAGUAGAGGGAGUGCUGUUCUGGGAGGGCCUAGCCAGUUGAGCCCCAGGUUUCACCAAGCCCGACAAAAAUUGAGUACAAGGGGAAAGGCCAGUUUCACCUGUUUGUCUGACACUGAUCCAGGGGAUGGUUUUGAAAGAGAUGGCUUUGAAAAGGAUGAUGAGUCUCAUGAGCAGGAAGGUGAGGAAGAAACCAAUUGUGAAGGUGUAGAGAACAGCAUGGAAGACAAACUGGGAUUAGGUCUUGGGUUGGGAAUAGUCCCAGCCCCAACAUCUGAGCGCUGGCUUCCUCCUUCACCACUCUAUAGUGCCCCCUUCCUGAAUGGUACUCCUCAGCCAAGUCCAGAACCAUCACUUGGAGCUCAUCAGGGCCCCAUUGAGCCUCCUCCUUCACGCACUUCCUGGCUGGAGGAUGAACUUCGGGGACUCGGGGAAGCAGCUGUGCAGCUUGGAGAUCGUCUCGAGCAGAACUUAAGGGAGUUUGGUGAAGGUUUCAGGCGUGACAUGCGGACACUUGUGGCCUCACAAGAGGCUCUGACAAUCAGCUUACAGCAAAAUAAUGUGCUCUUGCAGAGACUUUUGGGGCUUCUUGAAAUGCAGCAGCAGCAAACGCAGCCUCCUCAGCAUCAAAUUCCACAUCAUCCGCUUCCGCAACGAUUGUCUCAAGAACAUUUGCAGCAUCGACAACAAGAAGAAGAUCUGCCACAGCAAAUUUUAUCCCAGGAGCUUGAACAACAAAUUCCUCAGAAUGCAAGUGAACAAAUAUCAACAGCUGCUACUUCUGUACCCCUACCCCCAGAUAUUUUAGAUGGCACUUCCCAACCUGAAUCAGCAAUUGAGACAAAUGCCCAGAGGCCAUGUCGGGGUAGACCAGGAGACCACAGACGGAAGCGUAGGCAUUAGAUUUGUAAAUUGUCCUGAAAUACUGUUUAUUUCUACAGAGGUUUUAUAUUAAGAUGUAUGUAGUUGAGUAAGAACAGGUUAUGCCAUGUAAAACUACAUUUUGCCUGUUGCAUAAAUUAUGCUAUUAAGUUAUACGUGAAAGGAUUAUAAAAUUGAAAUGAAUGGGUUAUUCUGUGUUAAAUGGCUGUGGAAGUUAUUAGAAUUAGUUUACAUAACACCGCAUGGAAUAUUGAUUUAUUAGAGGAAAUUCCAUUUUGGGGACAGGUGCGAAGUUGCCUAGAAAUCAUGCUUGUCUUUCCAUAUAAAAAUCUACAUGAUCGAUCACACAUUCCCAGCCCUGGUCCUGGAGUACCCCUGUCCUGCACGUUUUAGUGUUUUUACUGCUCACUAAUCAGCUAAUUCACACCUCCCAUGAAGUGUGCUUGUGUGUGGGUAAACGCUUACGUUUGGACAGAAAGUGUUCCAGGACCAAGUUUGCCAAGUUGUAUGAUAGAAGAUUCACAUACAAAAGAUGUGGUAACCAGAAAGGUACAAUUACAAGUCUGGUUAACUUAGUUGAGGUUUUAUAUUUUUACAGGAUGGCCUACUAUUAUAUACACUCACCAUCCAUUUUAUUAGGAGCAUCUGCACAUUCAUGCAGUUAUCUAAUCAGACAAUCAUGUGGUAAAUGGCGCACUUGUAUAGCGCUUUUAUCCAAAAAGCUUUACACUGUGUCUUACUCACUCACUUACACACCAAUGGUAGCAGAGCUGCCAUGCAUGGUGCUAACUUGCCAUCGGGAGCAACUUAGGGUUCAGUGUCUUGCCCAAGGACACUUUGACAUAUGGAGUCAUGUGGGCCGGGAAUCGAACCGACAAACUGCUCUACCACCUGAGCCACAGACUCCUGUGCUGCCUCCUAUGGCAGCAGUACAGUGCAUAAAAUCAUACAGCUACAGGUCAACUGAAUGAAGAAAAAGUGUAAUCUGUUACUUUAACCGUGGCAUGGAUUUUGGUAUCAGAUGGGCUGGUUUGAGUAUUUCAGAAACUGCAGAAUGGUGCAAAAAAGCAUCCUGUAGGAUGGGUCUGCAGGCUGAAACGUCUUGUUGAUGAGAGCGAUCGGAGGAGAAUGACCAGACUGGUUUGAGCUGACAGGAAGUCCAUAGUAACUCAAUUAAGCACUCUUUACAACUGUGGUGAGCAGAAAAGCAACUCGGAAUGCACAACACAUCAACUGGAAAAAGACCAGGUGAUUUUGUUUUCUAAUCUUCAACUGUCCAGUUUGAGUGAGCCUGUGUCCCUGAUGGCCUCAGAUUCUUGUUCUUGACUGACAGGAGUGGAACCACAUGUGGUCUUCUGCUGUUGUAGAUCAUCCACCGCAAGGUUUGAUGUUUUGUGUAUGCUGAGAUGCUUUUCUGCUCACCACAAUUGUAAAGAGUGAUUAUUUAAGUUGCUGUAUCCUUCCUGGCAGCUCGAACCAAUCUGGCCAUUUUCCUCUGACCUCUCUUAUCAACAAGGCCUUUCCACCCACAGAACUGACGCUCAAUGUUUUGGUUUUUUUUUGCACCUGCUAUGUUUAUAAACUCUAGAAACUAUUCUGUAUGAAAAGUGCAGGAGAUCAGUAGUUUCUGAAAUACUCAAACCAGCCCAUCUGGCACCAACAACCAUGCCAAGUCACAGAGAUCACUUGUUCUUCAUUCUGAUGUUUGAUGUGAACAUUAACAGAAUCUCUUCACCUGUAUAUGCAUGCUUUUUUUCUUGCAGUGCGCUGCUGCCACAUGAUUGGCUGAUUAGAUAACUGCGGUGUUCCUAAUAAAGUGGAUGGUGAGUGUAAAUCCAUAUUAGAUAUUAUAGUAUGGAAAUGCAGCUUAAGACAUGGUGAAUUAGGCAACAAAAUUUACAAUCUCCCUCUGCUUGUUGCUGGUGGGCAUUUCUGUUGCCUCUGUGGGGCUGGUUAUGGCGAGUGUUCGUGUAUUCAUAGUAAAAGGUAUUGCAGGGGUUAAAACAUUCCUUGGGAGAAACAAUUUGAAAUCAAUUGUUUUUUGUUUUUUUUUUUUUUGUUUUUUUUUACAGUGGAGUACUAUUUAACGUUAUGUCAAGCCAUAAGAAUAAACUGUAGAUGUGGUGUCAGGUUUAAUUAAUCAUAAUGUACAUCCGCUGUUGACUUGGCUAGUUUGCUCAAUCUCAGUUGCACGCUACCUAACUAGCAUUAGCACCUAACCUAAGAAACUGUUAAAUGUACAUUUUGUAAUAAUGGUUGGUUAUUAUUACAAACUGUAUACAAACUAAUUUAGUCGUAAAUCGUUCACAAUAGCCUUUACACAAGAAAUUUGGUAUUUGUGAAAAAUCACUUUCCUUUUAUGGAGUUGUGUGUGCGUCCCUGUAGGCAAAUCAGCUGUGUCGUGAACGUGCUUGGUAAUUUACAGGUGAUUGACAUUCAUCGACAUACCCACUUGAGUAUGAAGGAAAUCGGCAUUAACUAAAAGUUUUGUAAAUCCUUGUAAAGGUUGGAAUUUGUAGCUUUUGGUUUGACCUAGGAAAACAUUUAUACACGGCCUUGUACUUUUAUGCUUAAAAGUAUUGUUCAGUUGUGUGAUGUUUAGAUGGAAAGUAGAGGUCUUUUAACUUUGAUUUGUGGUCAGUUAUUUUGAACAUAAGUCUCACCUUGCCUAAUUGGCCUUCAAGCAAUGGCAGUAAAUGCAGUAAGUGAAUUUGCUGCCAGCAGUUUCCAGAUUUUGGAGAGCAGAUGUCUACUUUUCAGUCUAAAGUGCAUAAAAUAUUUUAUCAUUUGUGCUGUAAGUAAUCACAGAAGCAGUGCAGUUGAGAUGGCAGAAAGACACAUUUAUCAUUUUACAUGACAUUUAUAGACCCACACAGUCUUUGAGGAUAAAGGUAUAGAUUAUAUGCGAGUAGGAAAAUGUAUCUAAACAUUUCCCUAGUCAUGAUGUACCUUUUAAUAGCUUAAAGCGAACCCCUCAGAGGUCAAUAUUUUCACGUCCCAGUCCAGCAGUAUCACAUCACAUCAGUAUAUAUUUUUUUCAGGUAACAUAACCAUUGUUCUUACUCUAUUAAAGGGCCUGUAAAACAGUAUAAGUUAGGAUCCUAUGUUUUUAAAUGCUAUAAUUCUGGGAUUUACUUGAAGGUUUAUGGCCAUCUUUUGAAGAUUCUUUCCAUCCAAGUAACAUUUUUACAAACAAAUAUUCAGAAUGUUCACAACAGUUGUCAUUUUAUAUCCAUAUAUAAUGUGACCGAGAUCCGUUACCCAAACCUCUUUUCUGCAGGUUAUUUGACAUGGAAUAACCCUGAUGAUGUUAUAUCUUCACUGACAUAUUCUAAACAUAUUCUUACAGUUGUGCUCAUAAAUUUACAUACACCUUGCAGAAUCUGCAAAAUGUUAAUCAUUUUCAACAAAUAAGAGGAAUCAUUAAUCCGUGCAUCAUUUGUUCUUUUCAUAUUCAAUUAAGAAUAAAAUAUCAGAAAAUGGGGAAAAAAAAGACUUACUUUAUUAUUCAUUUACAAAUCCAAAACGAAUAACAAGUUGUUUUCUGUUCUUUCAUUCUCAUGCUCAAGUUAAAAAUAAGAAAUUAGUAAAAAAAAAAAUUUUUAAAGUGUAAUGUCAGGUUUCGUUUUAAAAUUUUAUAUUUUUUCAGUUGGCUAUGACCCAGAAGUUACUUGUUUAUUCAUGUACUUGAUUAUUUUCUCCCCCCCCCAUCUCAAAGAGUAUCGAGAGUUUCAUACUAUUUAAGAGGGCCAGACGUGUAACCCUUAAAGAGGACUGCAGAAACAUUAACUGUGGUUAAACCAGUCACUCUUUCACAGGCUAAAAAAAGUCGUCUUCUUUUUUUUUUUUUUUUUCCCCUUUUAAAUAAUCCUUUAUAAUCCUAUAAAAGUUUUUGUAUUUGCACUUACAUUUUAAAAAUGGGCAAAAUCAAGUUAAAGAGAUGCUAUAAUAAAAUACGUUUAAAAACAUCUAAAAAAAAGUUUUAAAACCAAAUCUAACCAUAAAUAAACUUUUUUAAAAGUAUUGAUGGUUCAUUAAAGGAAGUCUCUGAUACCAAAAUAUUAAUGUUUUACUUCAUCUUGCUUCUGAAAUAAAAGGCACAUUUAAAAUCUAAAACCCAUUAAUAUCAGUUCAGUCAGCUCCUCUAUGGUCACAAUAAAGAUUGAUUAAUCUCACUGUAGAAUUUUAAAGCAAUUGCUCUUCAAAGUCACAAGAUCGGUCAAUAUAAUUGAACCAGGAGGCUAUUUUUAACCUGUUAUAAACUUGACAUUUCAAAUCCCAGAUCGACGAUCAAACCCACUCAUAUCAGAUCACAGUACGGUACUCUAUGCGCCAAAUAAAAUUGUAUUAAUUUUAUUCUAGAAAGUUAGCAUAUUUCAACUUCCAAGUUUAAAAGAUCCAUGAAUCACAAUGAGCCAAGUGAAGUUUAACCUACUACAGACUGUUCAUUUCAAAUUAUAAAUAUAAAAACUUUUAGGCUGUAUUGUCAUUGAUGCUGUGAAUUGUGUGUUUUAUUUGUUAUUUUAAAUAAUAAUUAUGUAGAAAGUUAAACUGGUUGUGUAGGAGCUCGCAGGUACUCGUUUUCCUCUUUCUGAAAAGUUUCUAAAAAUAUCUAAAAGCCACACCCCUAAAAUUAACCAUGGUUUCAGGAAGAGUGAGUGGUUUAACCGCAGUUUGUUUCUGCAGUCCUUUAUGAGGUGUUACAUGUUUAGCUCCCUUAAAUAGCACAAAACUCCCCAGCAAAAAGAACUUUAUCCAGCACAACACGUGAAGAUACAAGUAACUCCGUGGUCGUAGGCAACCGAAAAAAAUGAAACGUUAAAAUGAAACCUGACCCAUUUUCUAACUUUAAACUUAAGCGUGAGACUGAAAGAACGGAAAACAACUUGUUAUUCAUUGUGGAUUUGUUAAUGAAUAAUAAAAUAACAAGCCAUUUUUUUCCAUUUUCUGAUAUCUGGUUCUUAAUUGAAUAUGGUAAGAACGAAUUUGGAUAAUAGUUAAAAUUGCUUUUUUAAAAAUUAUUUAUUUAUUUAUUUUUAUUUAGUUCGGUCCUGAAUAAGCUAUUUCACAUAACAGAUGUUUACAUAUAGUUCACAAGACACAAUAAUAACAGAAUUUACACAA